AUGGAUCUCCUGUGCUGCGAAACCACGGAGACCGAGUGCCGGGCGUACGCCGAUCCGGCUCUCCUAGGCGAUGACCGGGUCCUGCAGAAUCUCCUGCAAACGGAGGAGCGCUACGCGCCGAGCCGGUCGUACUUCGAGUGCGUGCAGAGGGACAUCUCGCCGCUCAUGCGCAAAAUCGUCGCCGAGUGGAUGUUGGAAGUAUGCGAGGAACAGAAGUGCCAGGACGAGGUCUUUCCCCUGUCGAUGAACUACGUCGACAGGUUCCUCUCGAUCUGCCCGAUCAGGAAGUCGCAGUUGCAGCUGCUCGGCACCGCCUGUUUACUGUUGGCGUCGAAGCUGCGCGAAACCUCGCCACUCACAGCCGAAGUCCUAGUUUUCUAUACCGACAACUCCAUCACUCUCGACGAUCUAUGGAGGUGGGAACAGCUGGUCGUCUCCAAACUAAAGUGGGAACUAUCCGCGGUGACGCCUGGUGACUUCCUGAUGCACAUCCUCAGCAGAUUGUCGAUGCCAUGCACCUGGGACACGGUUAUGGUCCGGAGGCACGCGCAGACUUUCAUCGCUCUCAGCGCCAGAGAGUACAAGUUCUCCAUGUACACGCCAAGCAUGAUUGCGGCCGCGAGCGUAGCGGCGGCGUUACACGGAUUGAAUUGGACCGGGAAGAGCGACUAUGGACUAGCCGGUCUCCUGGAUGAGCUCACCCGCAUUACGGCUAUCGAACAGGAUUAUUUGCAAGGUUGCUUACAACAGAUCGAGGAGAUGAUCGCACAAGCUGCUCAUGUGAGCACCGAGAGCUCCGGAAACGGAAGUGGGCAUCAGACAAUGAGUACCGUCUCGAGCGCACCGCAGAGGCCGCUGGGGGACCAGAACAACACGAGUCAAGAGAAAAUAUUGGAACACGAGAAGGCGGGCACGCCGACCGAUGUCAGAGACGUACAUUUUUGAAAACCGCAAUAGGGGGACACUCUGUAGAGGCCGACACAUCAGUGAGUCUGACAGCCGAGGAGGAGAAGUUACCUUCCAGCGAGGAGGAGGUGGAGGAGGAUGAUGACAAUGAUGAUGACGAUGGACAGCCGGCGAAAAAGCGAAAGAGAAUCGCGAAGGAGCGGCAGGAUACCCCAGAAACAAAAUAUAUCGCAGAAUCGGCUGGCUAUUGUUCAGAACGAGAAACUCCUCCCGAAGAAUCUCGAGAUCGAACCUGAUUGCUCGUUAAUGUUGCGUUUGAUUGAAAACCGCGAUGAGAAUUAUCAUAAGCCAAGAGCAUACGUAGAACGUUUUGAAUCAUGAGGUUUAUUUCGAUGUACGAUUGAUAGGAUAUAUUUAUACAAAAGAAAAUUUUUACGUUCUUGAAUUUAUGUCGAAGAUUAUAUAUGCACGAUACCAGAUCGGUUGAAGCAAAGAAGUUUUGGUUUUUUUUUUCAUAAUUACGUUCGGCUGUAUGUCUUGUGUAUUAUAUAUUUAUUUAACAUUUGCAUUUAUCGGCUGAUAUAUCUCAUGUUUUAAUUGUAUUUUAAAAGAUUUAUUUUCUGAAGUUGCUUCAACUUUGUGAGAUUUGCAAAUGCCAAGUCGGCAAGUCGAAAAAUAAUAAAGUCGCCGAUUUUCUAAUUAAUUUUCAAUCGACGUAAUUCGAGCAAUUCGGAUAGCAAUUGAAUAAACGCACAUUUUGAUCGCGAGAUUAAUAUUUGACAUACUAAGCAUAAGAAAGACGAAAAAGAAUUAAACCGUGAUUAAAGAAUGCUCUCGAGAUGAUGAAAAAGAAAUGUGAAGGGCUGAUGACCACUGGGCGAAAGGGACCCAUUUGUGUCUGAAUCCGUGCUGAUCCGUACGUGUGUCACCCGUAAAAGAAAAAAGAAGGAAAGAAAGAAAAACGCAAAAAUCAGGAAGGCGUGCUGUUUGGGGGAAGGCAAUGCAAUACGCUUUACGCAUCUAUAAUUUUGUAAUAGGAAUAUACACUUAACUUUUAGGCGACAAGAAACUACCGAAAAAAGACGAAAGGGAUGAUAUAAGUAGGAGGGGAAACUCGCCCUCUCCACGUGCGGAACAUUAAAA